GUUUGUUUAGCAGUACUUUAGAAAGUCUAUAGCGGAAGAUGAUAUCGAAGGUAUCUUACAUACGAGCUACUACGACUGAGCCGGAAGAGUGGAGUGAAUGCAAUUUCGUGAAACAGUUUGGAGGUCCUCCACUGGAAUGGCGAGACUCAGGCCCAGUGAAAGUAGUGCUGGUGUUAGCACUGGUGGUGGCACUGGUGUUGGAGGAGAUGGAGGCUCGCCCAGGCGAACACAUCAAGGACCUCAUACAGAACGUACACGUCUACAGUCCAGACUAUAAUUUAGCUACCCUUCUGCAGCGGGCAUGACGCGAGCGGACUUAAGGUGUUAGACGCAGGCACGAGCGUGGUCUCCACGUACGAGAUGAACUCUGGAGAGAACGCUGCACCAGCACCACCACGACGCUGGGGAAAGAACUGGUAGUCUUAACCACGGGAGAAAGGAAGCCAUAACUAGUCUAACCACAGAAAGAAAGAAACCAUGGCUAGCAGUCUUAAUCACGGGAGGAAGGAAACCAUGGCUAGCAGUCUUAAUCACGGGAGGAAGGAAACCAUGGCUAGUAGUCUUAAUCACGGGAGGAAGGAAACCAUGGCUAGUAGUCUUAAUCACGGGAGGAAGGAAACCAUGGCUAGUAGUCUUAAUUAACCACGAGAGGAAGGAGGCCAUGAAUCGUGUUGAAAUAAACAUAGUAAAUCAAAAUUAGAAUAAUUUUUCUCAAUCAUGAGGCUAUGUAUUUAACUAGUACCACACAUUCUUGGAGUGAAGUCACAGCAAUGAAGAAAUUCAAUAUAGCAGUUGUAGCUUAUUACCAACUUCAUCCUCGGCUACAGUCUUUCUUAUGAAAUUUCUGACCUCACUGAUGUUUAUAAAAAUAUAUUGUACUUUGUUUAAUAAAAUGAAUUAUUGCAUGUCCUUGGAUAUUACAGAAUUGAAUCAUUUUAUGAAUUAUUGUUUUAGAACAUAGCCUUUCAGCAUUUUGGUUCACUUAUAACAAUAAAAUAUUUUAAAUUUC